CAUUGGAACGAUGACCUCUCUUAAAACAUUGAAAUUGGAGGAUUGCAGUCUAAAUGGUCAAUUACCUACAACUCAAGGCUUCCUUGAUCUGAAAAACUUAGAAUACUUGGAUUUGAGUUUCAAUACUCUCACUAAUAGCAUCUUUCAAACCAUCAGAACAAUGACCUCUCUCAAAACUUUAAGCUUGCAAAGUUGCAAGCUAGAUGGUCGAAUACCUGCAACCCAAGGCCUAUGCGACUUAAAUCAUCUGCAAGGGCUAUAUAUGAGCGACAAUGAUCUUAGUGGUUUCUUGCCUCCAUGUGUGGCAAAUUUGACUUCCCUUCAACGACUAGAUCUCUCUUCCAAUCACUUAAAGAUCCCUAUAUCAUUGAGCCCAUUAUACAACCUUUCAAGUCUCAAGUCUUUUUAUGGUUCAGGUAAUGAAAUAUUCGCAGAAAAAGAUGAUUAUAAACUGAGCCCAAAGUUCCAGUUAGAGUCCCUCCUUUUGAGCUGUCGCGGACAAGCUGUAGGAGCAUUUCCUAAGUUCCUUUACCAUCAGGUGAACCUACAAUAUGUGGAUCUUGCAAACCUUGGAUUGAAGGGAGAGUUUCCAAAUUGGUUAAUUGAGAACAACACAUACCUACAAUAUCUUUUUUUAGAAAACUGUUCUCUUUCGGGUCCAUUCUUGUUGCCAAGGAAUUCUCAUGUGAACUUGUCAUUCUUAAGUAUAUCCAAGAAUCAUUUCCGAGGCCAAAUCCCUUCAAAAAUUGGAGUUUAUUUGCCAAGGUUAAAUGUCUUAGACAUGUCUAAUAAUGGUUUCAAUGGAAGUAUUCCUUCAUCAUUAGGUAACAUGAGCUUGCUGUACAAGUUAGACCUGUCCAACAAUGUAUUGAUUGGCAGAAUACCAGAGUAUUUAACAAGAAGUUGCUCUUUGUUAGAAACUCUCAUGCUUUCAAACAAUAGUUUGCAAGGGCAGAUCUUCUCUGAAAAUAUUAACUUAAAAUUCUUGAGAUGGUUACAAUUGGAUAGCAAUCAAUUUGAUGGUAUCCCUGAUAGCUUAUCUAAUUGCUCCUAUUUGACAAUGUUAGAUGUCAGCAAUAACCAUCUCUCUCAAAUGAUUCCUGGAUGGAUAGGGAAAAUGUCUUCUCUUGAAUUUUUGGACCUUUCACGAAAUAAUUUAUCUGGUCCUUUACCACCUAGCUUCGAUACUUCUUCAAUGUUACAAUUUAUUUAUUUGUCUAGAAAUAAGUUGUUAGGACCGAUCUUAAGACCAUUUUAUAACUACUCUAAGCUAUUGGCAUUAGAUCUUUCCCAUAAUGACUUAACUGGUAGAGUUCCAGAAUGGAUUGGCAGACUAUCUAACUUGAGAUUUCUUCUCUUAAGUUAUAACAAUCUCGAAGGUGAAAUCCCAAUUCAAUUAUGCAAGUUGGACCAAUUAACUCUGAUUGAUCUAUCUCACAACUACCUUUCUGGCAAUAUCCUCUCUUGCAUAGUAUCUACUGCUUUUUUUCCAUCAUCAACUGAUGCCUAUGCUCCUGAGUCCUCACAACAAUCUUUCGAGUUUACAACAAAGAAUGUAUCCCUUCCAUAUAGAGGCAGUAUUCUCCACUACUUUACUGGAAUUGAUUUCUCAUGCAAUAAUUUCAGUGGGAAGAUUCCUCCUGAAAUUGGAAACCUCAGCAAGAUCAAGGCAUUGAACCUUUCGCACAAUAACUUGGUUGGACCUAUUCCACCAACAUUCUCGAGGUUAAAGGAAAUAGAGAGCUUGGAUCUUUCCCAUAACAAAUUGGAAGGAGAAAUCCCUCCUCAACUUACUGAACUAUAUUACCUAGCUGUUUUCAGUGUGGCACACAAUAAUCUGUCUGGCAAGACACCUGCGAGAGUUGCACAGUUUGCCACGUAUGAGGAGAGCUGCUAUAAGGACAACCCUUUUCUUUGUGGACAACCAUUAUCCAAAGUUUGUGAUGCGGCUAUGACACCAUUACCAAUGCCAACUUUAACGACCAACAAAGAUAAUAGUGGCUUCAUGGAUAUGGAAGUUUUUUAUGUGACCUUUGGGGUUGCAUACAUCAUGGCAUUACUGGUGAUAGGUGCAGUUCUAUACAUAAAUCCAUAUUGGCGACGAGUAUGGUUUCCCUUUAUUGAGGUGAGCAUCAACAAUUGCUAUUAUUUUCUGGUGGACAAUCUUCCCAUUUUAUCCAAGUUUGGAUUUUCAUAGCCUUAGUGUUUUGUUGUGUAUCCUAGUUUUAAGAUUUAAACAAGUUUAAAUGCAAUGUUAUAUUGAUUUUUAUUUCUAUUUUAUUUUUGUUUUUAGCUUCUGUGUGACAUAUAAUAAUGAAGUUUCUUCACUGAUUGCUCUGAGAAUAUAAUAAUAAACUAUAUU